AGUAGUUUUCAGGGCGCAUUCCCCGGCAGCAAUGUGGAGGGAAAGGGCGAGCACGUCCAGCUGAACGCCUUUAAACUCUCCUUUCACUUUCACACUUUCGAAAGUUUUGUGUCGAUUCGGGAAAACGGAGAAUCCACGCGUCCGUGGAGGGAAGCGGGAGAGUUAGAAGUGAAAACUGCAGCCACGCCGUCUCGUGUUGUUUUCUUCUUCUUUUUUUUUUUCUGACUCGACCUAUUGUUUUCUCACACAUGGAUAUUAGGAGAUGAAAUCGGACGUGCUUCUUGUUCUCGAGUAACCCACACGGUGGCUUGGACUGUAGUUUAUGUGGUCCCCGGGCUCUGUGGGAGGAGAGAGAGUCCCAUUCCUCAGCAGCACAACAAGGAGACACACACAGGGGCCACAAGUUGUCCACAAGCUGCGGAGGAGCACAAACUUUGCCAACUCUGCGCAUCCGGCCACCGACGCCAAACAUUCAUCGAUAUUUUCUAUCAGCGUCUGUGUUGCAACUUCAACUGUGGAUUAUGAUCGCCAUGGAGCGAGGAGCCCCGACCAGAGGAUGAAAACGGAGCUUUGAAUCAUGAACUGCUACUUGUAGUUAGUUUACUACUCCGGAGACGCAUUUGGACUACACUGAUCCUAUCAAAAACGCAGUUUCGUCCUGCGAUUGUUCUCCCUCUUAUUGGUGUUAAAUAUUCUGCAAAAAAUGCCUCAGCUGAACGGAGGCGGUGGGGAUGAUUUGGGGGCGAAUGAUGAGAUGAUUUCUUUCAAAGACGAAGGAGAGCAGGAGGAAAAGAUAUCCGAAAAUGUGUCAGCGGAAAGGGAUUUGGAUGAUGUGAAAUCCUCGUUAGUGAACGAGUCGGAAAACAACAGCAGCUCGUCAGACUCAGAGCAGGCAGAGCGGCGCCCCCGAGCCAGACCAGACUCAGAAAGUUAUGAGAAAACAAGAGACUACUUCAGCGAAGCACUGAGAAGGCAGCAAGAUGGAGGCUUUUUUAAGAGUCCUCACUAUCCUGGCUACCCGUUUCUCAUGAUCUCAGACCUCACCAACCCCUACCUAUCCAACGGGUCUCUUUCCCCCAGUGCAAGAACAUACCUACAGAUGAAAUGGCCUCUUUUGGACGUCCCUGGAUCUGCAGGACUCAAAGACUCUCGUUCUCCAACACCAGGACAUUUGUCCAAUAAAGUCCCUGUGGUGCAGCACGCCCACCACGUUCACCCGCUGACACCCCUCAUCACCUACAGCAAUGAACACUUCUCCCCAGGCACGCCACCGUCACACCUCUCUCCUGAGAUCCUCGACCCAAAGACAGGUAUUCCUCGAACACCUCAUCCAUCAGAGCUCUCUCCGUACUACCCGCUGUCUCCUGGUGCUGUUGGCUCCAUCGCACACCCUCUGGGCUGGCUCAUGCCACAGCAGGGUCAGCACAUGUACUCCAUCCCUCCAGGGGGAUUCCGUCACCCUUAUCCAGCACUAGCGAUGAAUGCAUCCAUGUCCAGUUUGGUGUCCAGCCGUUUCUCCCCUCAUAUGGUGACCCCGCCUCCUCACAGCCUCCACCAGACUGGCAUUCCUCAUCCUGCCAUCGUUUCCCCUGCUAUCAAACAGGAGCCAAGCAGUGACAACAUCAGCCCGUCAAUGCAUGCCAGGAAAUCCCCCAUUCCUUCCAAGAAAGAAGAGGACAAAAAGCCUCAUAUCAAGAAACCUCUGAAUGCUUUCAUGCUGUAUAUGAAGGAGAUGAGAGCCAAAGUAGUGGCAGAGUGCACUCUGAAAGAGAGCGCCGCCAUCAACCAGAUCCUAGGAAGACGGUGGCAUUCCCUGUCAAGAGAGGAACAAGCCAAAUACUACGAGCUGGCCAGAAAGGAGCGGCAACUUCACUCCCAGCUCUACCCAGGAUGGUCAGCACGAGAUAACUAUGGAAAGAGGAAAAAGAGGAAGAGAGAGAAUAAACCUGACUCAAAACCAGAAGACUUCUCCAUAAGGAGCAAGAAGCAGUGUGUGCAGUACCUGCCCUCGGAGAAGAUGUGCGACAGCCCCGCCUCGUCUCACGGCAGCAUGCUGGACUCCCCGGCCACUCCCUCAGCAGCCCUGGCCUCCCCUGCCGCUCCCGCCGCCACCCACUCCGAGCAGGCCCAGCCGCUGUCGCUCACCACCAAACCGGAGGGACGCAUGCACCACCACUUCUCCCUACCUGGGAAAGCUCCUGGAUCCACGUCCUCUUCCUCCUCCUCCUCUUCCUCCUCCUCCCAACCCGCCAUCUCCAUCCCCAUUGGUACUUCAGGUAGCCAGUCGACUACACCCAUCCUCACCCGGCCGAUCCCCUUCACCUCCCUGCACCCCUCCAUGCUCUCCCCGCCUUCCCCCUUCCAUCAAGCAGCCCUUCACUCCCAUCAUGCCUUGUUCCAGUCGCAGCCGCUUUCUCUGGUUACUAAACCAACUGAAUGAAUCCGAAAAAGGCAAUUUUUCUCUCAUUUAUUGUGCUGUAUAUUGCUUUUCUUUUAAAUAGGUAUUAGAACAAGUUUUUUUUUCUAAAUAAUGAAAAGGAAGAAAUAUUAUUGGUCAAUAUUUGACCGUCUCCUUUUCUACAUCUCUCAAUGAAAAACAAAAAUGUAUUUUUUGUAAAGUUUACCGCAGAACUGGUUUCUUUUUUGAUGCAUUUAUCCAAUGAACCUCUUGUAUAAAAGAACCAAUGUACAUAAAGUUUCUUUAUAAAACACAAAAAGGAACAAAAACAUGUUUUCUUUUAGCCAAAUUCUGAUUAAUGUUAGUAUUAAGUUGAAGUCAUAGUACUGGCCAAUAAUUGCAGCCCCCCCCCUUUUCAAUUCACGAGUGUUUGCCCCUUCUUUGA